AGAGGGGCGAGAAAGAACUUUGUCAAUAUAGACAGUUUAGAUUUGAACUUGGAGCCGCAAGGCCAAGGGUGAUUUUCAAAACUUUGAGUUGUUGAAGGGUUUAGUUUUUUCCUUUUAUAUAUAUAGGGUCAUUGUGACAUUAUGUGUAUACUGUUUGAAAAAUUUUAUUUGAAUUAAAUUUGAACAAAACCCAUUCACACAAUUCGGUAAAUCCACUUAUUAUAUUAAAUGUUAUAACUACACCGUGUAAAUGCCAUUGCAAUAUAGUAUCACCUCAUAUCCAUUUUCUGUAGUUUUAGGAACUGUAGGUUUACGAAUUGCCAAUACACAACAUCUGUCUCAUAUUUCUGUUCUUACCUCGCCUUGCCCUGUUGCUGACUUGUUCUUAUGAAGUGAUCUAAAAUCUAUAAAAUCAUAAGUUAAUCAUAAAUUAUGAGUUAUGCGAUAUUUUCGAACUGUUGAGAAUAGUUGUACGAAUUUUACAAAUUUUACUUGUCAUUCAUUUUAGUUUCCUACUACAGCCCCAAAUUUAGUCUAGACUAGUUUAAUACAGACUGGCAGUUUAUUUUCAGUUUUGGUUUGCUUUUAUUUACUAUUUGUUAAUACUUGUAUAUACUUGUAUCUUGUAUAACAGAAACUUUUCCUGUGAUUGGAGGACUCUGGGCUAUUUGAUUAAAAAAACCUUUCGUUGCAUAUUCGUUAAAGAUUUGGGUGAGUUAUAAUUUACUGUACUCAAUGUUACUCUAGAAACCUGGUAGGCUUCAGAUUCCACCAGUUUGUAAAUCAAAUUCCCGUCAAAGGUAAAUCACAAACCGAAUUUAAAUAGCUGCACACAUUUUUAGAAAACAACACGUUUAAAAAUUCCACUGUCAUUAUUUCCGCCAAUCCUUAGUAAAUAGUAGUAGUAUUGAACCCUUAGUGGUAUUGAUACUAAAUUAGUAAAUCAUACUUUCGUUCAUGCAGAACUGAUUUAACUUGCUAUUACUUAAGUCUGCACUGUAUAUUAUAAUAUUUCAAGAUUUUUGCAAAAUGUUUGCUUUGUAUUGGUAAAAACUUACACUUUGGCAAAAAAUCCACUAUAUUUUUCAUAACUUUUAGUGACAAUGAAUGAUCAAACCUACUACUCUAUUUUGGGUGUUUCACCAAAAGCCACAUCUGAAGAAAUUCGAAAAGCUUACAAAAGUCUUGUUUUGAUCUCCCAUCCUGACAAAAACAAGGACAGACACAAUGACUUUAUGUCUAUUGCAAAAGCAUGGGAAAUUCUUGGUGAUCCAGAUAAACGAAAACAUUAUGAUGCCAAUGUAGAAUUUGAAGCUUUACAGUCUUUUGCAAUUUCAGAUAAUAUAUACAUUGGAGAUUUUGACACUGAUGAAGAUGGAAAUUACUUUUACAUUUGCAGGUGUCAAAACGAGUAUGUCUUGAGUCAGGAAGAUGUUGGUUAUCUUAUGAGGUACGUGUCUUGCUGUGGAUGUUCUCUUUCAAUAGAAGUUGUUUACAACAACCCAUCAUGACAAUGAUUAUCAAGAUUAUAUGUUUGGCAAUCAUUUUACCAAAGUAUUCUACCCAAAGUUUUGAUGCAUUUGAUGAUUCCAUCUUCUUUGAUGUUGUUUGGGGUGAUCCAAAGGUAGAUUAUAAAGAUGGAAAAACUGAGAUUGUGAUGCGAACUGAAAACUCAGAUGAAGAGUAUAUUUGUCAGCUGCCAGAGCCUUCUGUUUUCCAGUUACCCGACCAUGUCGAUGUGGAUACUUCAGCUUUUGAUAUUAUCUCAAAACUAGAUCAGGACAAAGUUUGUUCUUACAGAGUUGAUUCUUACUGGAUUUAUGAAGUUUGUCAUGGGCGACAUGUCAAACAGUUCCAUGAGGAGAGAGAUGCUAGCAACAAGAAAGUUUUGGUGAAACAGGCAUUUUAUCUUGGUUAUGUUAGUUACGAUUCAUUUCCAACAAAUCUUGGUGAUAAGUUCCAGCCUCCCACAUUAAAUCAUGCUGGUGCACUGAGACCUUACUUCUCAGUUGUCUACAAAGGAGGCACUGAGUGUGACCUUAUUCCUGGGUACAAGAGGGAGACAACUGUCUAUUAUUUGUGCAUGCCAGAUUUCCAGACUUCUGUGGUUAGUGUUAAAGAAGUUGCAACUUGCAGAUAUGACAUUGUUAUUUACACCAGUUUAUUGUGUAAAAAUAAGCUCUAUAGAAUAAAAGAGGACCCAAUAAAUCACAUAUAUUGUCUCUCUACUGAUGGUACAAAAUGGAAGCGACCUUUAGGCUAUGAUAUGUUGUCCCAAAUGACGGAUGAUAGUCUGUUCAAAGAAACCCCACUACCAAAAAAGAACCCAUUGCCCGAACCAAUACUUGUUUCAAAAUCAACAACAAAAGUAAAUACACCACAUCCAAAAUCUCAGCAAAACUCUCAAAAAGCAGAACCAAAGAAAUCACAGCUAACAUUCCCAGAAAAAAGAUUUGUGAGGAACUUCUUGACUGCUGAAAAGUGUGUCAUAGGGGGUAUAGGAUGGUGGAAAUACGAGUUUUGUUAUCAAAAAUCAUUAAAACAGUUUCAUAAAGAAAGGAGUGGUGCUAAGACUGAAAUUUUACUGGGGAUUUGGGAUGAAAACCGACAUAUCGAAUACCUAAACGAAAAAGGGAAAACCUUGGAUACGUCAAAGAAGCCAGCUUAUAUUGACUUACAUUACUUCAUGGGUGACAUAUGUGAUGAGACUGGACUGCCCCGUCACGUAACAUUGAGAAUGAAAUGUGGACAACAAGAUAACAAUGUUCAAGCUCUAACCAUGUUCAUGGAAGAACCUGCAAUGUGUGUUUAUAAAUUUACUGCAGAAUCUGUUUUGUUUUGUAAGGUUAUAGAAAAUAUUGAUCAAUUUGGUGUUCCGCGUGGUUCUAUAGAUGAAAUAAUUGAUAGCAUUUAAAGGGUGGCUAUGCUUUUUUGAUUUCUGCCAGAUUUUGUAAUCACUAGCAGGAACCCGUCUAACCCUAAAGUGGUGUCAAGACUCGAGAGACUAAAAUAAUUAUUACCUAUUUAAUUCGCGUUUUUGACACCACUUGAGAGUCCAAAUUUUGGGCACUAAAAUUAUUAUUCCUUGGCCAAUUUUUUAUUUUUUCAUGCUGAUUUGAAGGCCAUUAAAGCAUUUGACCCAGUCAAAAAAGUUUCAGUUGUAUAUGUUUUACGGUUUUUGCGGAAAGUCGCGUUAAAGUUGAUGCCGUGGUGUCAGUAAAAUGGCACGGAUAUAUACACAUAUAUAUAUCGUCUCGCUUUAUAUAUAGUAAGAUGUUUUCUUUUUACUACUUUAAUAAUCCAGCUGUGUGUUGCUAAAUGGCAAUUAUGUUUUGCAUUUCAACAACAAAUCUUAUAUCCAUGUGCUGCUUUAUCUCAUUUUUUCAUUUUGAAAAUUUAAUUAAUUCUUAAAAUAUUACUUCUCAAAUAGACCUCAACAUAUUAUUACAUUUAAAGCAUUUUCCCGAUGCAGCAUUGCUUUGAAAAAUCGAAAUGAAAAGCGAUAUGAUCACCUAAUAUUCGCUACAUUAUUCAAUGUUAUGUGUGGUGAUUUCUGCAUGUUUAACUAAAAGUUAUGAUGCAGCACUUUCAGAUCAUGCUAGGGACUUGUAAAGGGAAUAUAAAGUGCUGUUGGUUAUUUUUGAUAUUAAUUGAUGUUUACUAGGUUUUAAAUCCCAAAGAUUAUCAAUAAGUUUAAUGAUAGCUGUUUUCAUUUA